UCACAGUUUGCUUAUAGCAGCUGUUUUUCUCGAAAGAUUAAUGCUGAAAACUUACGGAUUUUUCAUUUGUAAGAAAUAUGUAAACAGUAUUGGUAGAUAUCUUCGUGUUUUUAAGAAUAUUAUAAGCUCCGAAUAUGCAUAGCUCAAUAGAAAAUGAAGGUGUUAUUAUGCUCAAAAUAUAAAUUCGGUGAAUUUGUUCGCAAGCGUGCGCAAAUGGUAUUAGUGUUUUUCGUUUUUCUCCCUCUAGUACCCGUACAAAGUUCCGUGUGUGUAAUGCUUCAGUGAACUGUGGUAACCUUUCUGGAGUGUAUGCCGACGUUUGUUAAUGUAGUAUCGGAAAAGUUGAAAAACAUUCUGUCUAGCCGUAGUUUAGUUCCUUUCAAAUAAGUUUCAAGCCCUGAGCAUAUCCCGCUUUAACUAUCAGUGUUUAUUACAGUGUAGUGUAAAAGCUUCAAAGAUAACAUCAUGCAUAAAUUCAUUGUGAUUGGACUGUUGAAUUUGCAUCGAUUCCAUUGAAUAAUGAUGACUGUCUAAGAAAUGGAAAAGAUGUUUCGAGACGGAACUGCACAGUAAAUAACAGACGCGACAUUGUCUCGACAUCCUAGAAGCUCGAAUUGGCAGUAUUCGAAAAGUAUACUCGUUCAAACACAACCAUUCCACAAGAUGGGAUUUGUCAAAGACCCUUGCGGAAUUGUCUGUGUACUGGUGACCUACUUGGCGGUAGUCUACGCCGAUUAUGUUGUGACCCGAUGGAUUAUCCUUCAAACGAUGCAAAACAGUCUGUGGGCUCCGUUUCAUGUGGUACUGUUCAAUACAAUUGUUUUUCUACUCGCGAUGGCCCAUCUGAAGGCCGUACUGCUAGAUCCUGGAACAGUUCCACUGCCGCAGACACGCAUCGAUUUUUCCGAUUUACAUUCGGAACGGAAUUAUAACCGCGAGCACGAAGAGUGGACUGUAUGCACCCGCUGUGAAACCUAUCGACCUCCACGCGCCCACCACUGUCGUAUCUGUAAGCGCUGCAUCCGCCGAAUGGAUCAUCACUGCCCGUGGAUCAAUAAUUGUGUCGGUGAACGGAAUCAGAAAUAUUUCCUACAGUUUCUAAUGUACGUUUGUGCCCUGGCAUUGUACUCAAUAUUCCUUAUUAUUGCCUCGUGGGUGUAUCCCUGCGAAAACUGCUCUACGACGGUUCCGGAAACUCAGAGCCGCAUGCUACACAGUGUCCUGCUACUGCUGGAAUCGGCUCUCUUCGGUCUGUUCGUGAUAGCAAUAAUGGUUGACCAGAUGCACGCCAUUCUGUAUGAUGAAACGGCCGUUGAAGCUGUGCAACAGAAAGGACCCUACCGAAUGCAUCGACCGAAGAUGACCCUACUGGCAGAGGUUUGCGGAAGAGGCCAUCCGGCAAUGUGGCUGCUGCCGUGCACCAGUCUCAACAGAAAACACCACGACGUUCCGCUGCUUAGUCACGACGUCUAAACGCGCCUUGCGCCUUGGUAUGGAAUUACCUUCUUCAAGUUAUGUGGGUAUUAUGUUCCGACUUCACUACGGUAUGUGAUUAUAAAAAAUUUUACUUUACUUAUUUUAUAAUGAUUGGGUAGCAAGCUCUUGAAUGGAUACUUAAUCGAAAUGUACGACCUGACUGAAGUUGGAAUACUUUUGUAGUAGGAAUAAGGCAAAAUAUUCAUUACUAAAUGAAUAUACGAGCAAUUGUUUGUAGUUAUGAGGGCUGUGGGGUAUGAUAAUUUUAAGACCCCUGUUCGAUUCGAAUACAAUUUUGCUAUUCGGUGUGCACAAAUGAAAAUUAUGAUCAAUACUUUUUUUUUGUUCAUGCGGUUUGUACGAUUGCUUCGAGUUACCCUUCCACUCACAAGCUGGGUACAUUCGAAAAUUUUCAAUACUGCACAACAAAAAUAAUAAAUAAAAAACCAAAGCUCAUAUUCCGAUUCUUGCACAUUGGUAAGCGAUCACCCGGUUUGGCUUAACACCAAUCAGCGUAAAGCCGUUUGGUAUGAUUUCUUAGUGCAAAGGAAAGAAUAUAUAUUCAAGAAUGCGUUUUCUAGGUUAAAUCACAAAACAGUCAAAUUUUCUAUGUAAAAAAUAAGCUAAAGUUAUCUUGAUUUUUUUUUUACGUUUCGUCUUCGACUCAUCAGUUUAUAGCAGUUCAUAUCGAACUGCCACGCCACUCAACAGUUCAACUUAAACCGCCAAGCAGACACUUGUACCGUAUAGCAUAAUCACGAAAGCAAAUACAGUAAUUUAAAUUGGGUUUACAUUGCAAAAUUUCAGUAAUAUUUAAUGCGGGUCCCAAGCUAACACACAGUGAGAUUACGAAUCACGGUAUUAAAAUACAAUCUAGAGCCACUUUACUUUGGAUCAACGAGCCUAAGCCAAAUGGAAUUACGCCGAAUAGUUUCCCCCUUCGAAUAUACCAAAUGAGCUUUACGGCAAACGUUCUUUAUGGAAACAGAUUUUAUUAAAAAGCCAACGUGGAAAACGGAUUUUUGUAUGCCAAACAGAGAGUCCCUUCCCAUUGGUAAAUCUAGGGCGAAUAGAUAUUAGCGUCUAUAAUUACAAAACGCAAUAACUGUGCAACGUCGUUCGACGCUCACUUCAAGCAAACUUUCCCUACAUAUAUUUAUUAAAACUCCAUCGCUCAAUGUUUUUGUACGUAAGUUUGCUAGUGCAUAGCUUUCUCUGUAGUUAGUAAACAGAUUAGAGAUUUGAAUCAAAUUGUUAAGAGAUAAAAAUUCAAUCAACUAAAAUACCUCUAAGAACAAUUCUGAUCAUAAGACGAGUUCAAAAUCAGUGAUCUAGCGACAAGAAAUUGAACCAAUUAUAAAUUCUAUCAUAUGAAAAUUUAUCAUGUUAGAUCCUGAAUGCUUUGAUAUUUCUCUUGGUGAGCUGAAGUAUGUAUUUUUUUCAUCCCUAGAACAUGUUUUGAUUCAACUAAUAGUAUGGCGUUUGCAAAAUGCUUUUCAUUGACUUGAAUGCCAACAAAGUUUUUUUUUGGAUAAAAAAAAAGAUGUAGUUUUAAAAUACCCUGUAAUUCCGGAACCAGAAGUCAGAUCUAGAAAUAAUUCAAUUGCAACAUGUAUGACCAGGAGACCUUUCAUUUGAGUCUCAGUUUGUGAAAAUCGGUUGAGUCGUCUGUGAGCAAAUGAAAAGAUCAAUUCUGGAGCUUUUGACCUCUGCUUUCGGUACAUCCGGAACCUAAAGGCGGAGCCCAGUAUAGGGAAAGCCAGUUUGCUCGAUCAACAACUAACAGGGUUGGUCCUCCCAGCAACUGGGGCAGUUCAUGGUUUAUUCGCCUUCUCCACGUACCGUCUUCCAUCCGCACUCCGCCGAAGAUGGUUCGCAACACCUUCCGUUCAAAAACAUCUAGUGCGCGUUGAUCCUCCGCAAGCAUUGUCCAGGACUCGUGCCCGUAAAGGAUAACCGGUCUAAUCAGCGUUUUGUAGAUAGUUAACUUCGUACGACGGCGAAUUUUGCUCGAUCGAAGCGUCCUGCACAGUCCAAAGUAAGCACGAUUUCCUGACAAUAUGCGUCUCUGAAUUUCUCUGCUGGUGUCAUUAUCGGCAGUCACCAGUGAGCCCAAGUACACGAACUCGUCGACCAUUUCGAUUUCAUCACCACCAAUCAGAACUCGUAAUGGGUGGCUGACGUUAUCUUCUCUCGAGCCCCUGCCUUUCAUGUACUUUGUCUUUGACACAUUGAUGUCUAGUCCGAUCCGCUAGGCCUCAGCUUUUAGUCCGAUGUACGUAUCUUCCAUCUUCUCAAAGUUGCGUGCUAUAAUAUCAAUAUCAUCAGCGAAACCAAGUAGCUGGACGGACUUUCUGAAAAUCGUGCCACUCGUGUCUAUCCUCGCUCUUCUUAUCACACCCUCCAAAGCAAUGUUGAAUAGCAGACACGAAAGGCCAUCACCUUGCCGUAGCCCUCUGCGAUUUUCGAAGGGACUCGAGUUUAUCCCCGAUACUCGAACAACGCACAUCACUCGAUCCAUCGUAGCCUUGACCAAUCGUAUCAGUUUGUCCGGGAAUUCGUAGUCGUGCAUGAUUUUCCAUAGCUGUUCUCGAUCGAUUGUGUCGUAGGCUGAUUUGAAAUCGAUGAAUAAGUGAUGUGUGGGCACAUUGUAUUCGCGGCACUUUUGCAACACCUGGCGGAUGGCGAACACUUGGUCCGUGGUAGCGCGUUCGCCCAUAAAUUCUGCCUGAUAUUGUCCCACAAAUUCGUUUGCAAUCGGUGAAAGUCGACGGCAUAAGAUUUGGGAGAGUACCUUGUAGGCGGGCGGCGUUCAGCAGAGUGAUCGCGCGGUAAUUGCAGCAAUCCAGCUUAUCGCCCUUUUUGUAGAUGGGACACACGAUUCCUUCCAUCCAUUCCUCCGGUAAAAUCUCGUCCUCCCAGAUCUUGGUUACGACCCAGUGCAGUGCUUUCACUAGUGCAUUACCACCGUGUUUUAGUAGCUCGCUUGGUAGUUGGUCAACGCCAGCGGCCUUAUUAUUUUUCAACCGGCUUACCACCUCCUCCACUUCCGCCACAUCGCCAUUGAGGUGCUCGUCGAAAUACUGCCGCCACCUUUCGAUCACCUCACAGUGGUUCGUGAGAAGAUUCCCGUUGGUGUCCUUGCACAUAUCGGCCUGUGGCACAUGACCUCUGCGCGAACGGUUCACCUUCUCGUAGAACUUCCUUGUGUCAUUAGCACGGAACAGCUGUUCUAUCGUUUCGCGAUCUCGGUCUUCCUGUUGGCGCUUUUUUCUACGGAAUACCGAGUUUAGUCUGUUCCGCGCCUGUCUGUAUCGCUCCUCGUUUGCUCUCGUCCGGUGUUGCAGCUUGCUCGCCCAAGCUGUAUUCUUCUCAGCCACUAACUGUUCACAUUCGUCGUCGAACCAGUCGUUUCUUACGUUCGGAGCCGCCGUACCUAGCGUUGCUGAUGCAGUGCUACCUAUGGCAGAACGGAUGUCUCUCCAGCCAUCUUCAAGAGUAGCUGCACCUAGCUGCUCUUCCGUUGGUAGUGGCACUGCCAACUGCUGCGCGUAAUCUUGGGCUACUCCAGCAUCCCGGAGCAGCGCGACGUUCGGUUUCGACGUUUGGUAGCCACCGUCGAAAGUUUUGAGCGCAUGCAUACAGCAACCAAGUAGUGGUCCGAAUCUAUAUUUGCACUGCGGUAGGUGCGAACAUAGUUGAUGUACGAGACAAAUCUCGUCAUCGGGUCUCCCCUUCAUGUGGGUAGUGCACGUUAAUGAUGCUGUAAUUGAAAAAAACGGCCUUUAAUUCUCAACUUACACAUCCUAGCGUUGAUCGGCUGCCACCCAAUCAUUCGCUGGCUCAUCUUGCCCAGCACUAAAAAGCCAGUUCCCAGCUCGUUCGUUGUGCCACAGCUUUGGUAGAAGGUGUCCCGUCCAACAAAGCUCCUGCAGCGCUACGACGUCGAAGAUGCGGGGAUUUAGUUCGUCGUAUAUUAUCCUGUCGCAGCCUGCGGAACCUAGCGACUUGCAGUUCCAUGUUUCCAAUCGUAGUCCUUAUUUCGUCGCGUGGGCUUAUGCCGAUUGUUCCGAGUCGUAUUUUCUCCUGUAUUAUUUGUAAUUAAUGUUUUAUGGGCGGCUUAUUAGGCCUACGCCAACCCCCUGUCUCGCCGGAGGAUCAUCGUGCUUGCUCUGUUUAACGUCCCAACUAGCACUAGGACGAUCCCGUUGGUGGGGUUGCCACCUUGGAUUUAGCUGGACGGAAUGCAGCAUUUCAUACUCAGACGCUGUUUGAAGCCGCUCCUAACAUGGAGUACAGACGCUCCGACAUCCUCUAAAGAGGACCCCCUUCCCUGUCAGCAUACGACCAAGGUCCCACCGGGGUUGGUUACCCGAUCUUUCCUAUGGUUGCUCGUACCCCAGCCGGCACCGCGAACCUACAUAUUGAAACAGUUUCUAGCACUGUUUCAGAGUUUCUGAGUUCUCUUCAUUGUUAAUUGAUUAAAUGAUAGUAAAUUGAUUUUCACACUAACGAAGGAACCGGUUUGAGCCCGAGUUUGUGUAAAUCGAUUCAACUUUCACUGAGUAAUCGAGACGAAUGCAGUGGAGGUUACUAUUUUCACACACUAAAAAGUAGUGAAUAAAUACGAAUAUCUCAUUUUUGUCGAAUACAGUCUUCAAGUGAGUUAUCCCGUGCGGCUCAGUAAAAUUAUUUCAAUUUUUUUCUGGUUCAUUGCAAUUCAAAAAACGUCCAUCAUAAAGUAUCAUCAAUAUCGACUGAUUCUGGACUGGGCGUCUAUGCUCUGUUCUUGAGAAUACCAAUCUUUCAAUAGAUUCGUUUCGUUGAGAAUUUCCAAUCUUUUAAUGAAUGUUAUUUUCUUGGUGGAAAGGUAUGCUGAACCCCUCAUGGAAUUCAUACACAAUGAAAAUUAUUUUUACCUAUUUUUUGAAUGGAAAUCAUUCAUUGUCGAGCUCUUCUAUAAGCUACCCAAAAUUAGGUCGUUAUCUACUCAAACUUUGACUUGAUCGUAAAAAUGGGUACCGUGCUUUGUUAUGAAAUAACUCACAUUUACCUAAAUUUUGAGGUCAUCACUCGUUACUUAAAAAGCGGCUGGUAAGAGUGCAGAAUUUCGAAUGAAAAUAUCGCAACUAAUGCCGUGUCACUAGGAUUUCAUCGCAGAUCAAAAGGAUUGUCUGAAGCGUUUGAGGAAAUUGGAGCUGUAUCUUAAAGUUUUUCCCUUUUUGUUUCAUUUAUCCCUUGAUACUGUCAAAAUAACUUGUUGACGACACUGAUGAGAUUUAUGCUACUCAUUUUACUUUCCUUUUCAUUUACUCGAGAGGAAAACUGAUAAUGUAGUUGAUAGUAACUGAAGUUUUUUGGGUUUGUUUUUUUGUUUUUUUCAAUAAAGAUUACUCUAUUGUCUGAAUGUUGUUUUGACAGUGUAAAGUGACGUCUCUACUCAGUAUUGUACAUUCAAUCUUUUGGAUCCCAAGUCAUCGACGAGAAUGAGAAGAGUGCGGUCUAUGGGCUGAUGGAAUCAUGGGACGUUAUUUCUUUAAAAAUGAGGAAGGACGCCGCGUUACCGUCAAUGGAAUUAGAUACCUACCUGGAUACCUGAAUGGCUACAGCGUGACUUCGUGACUUUCUCCAGUUCCCCCGAACGUUUAGGGAUCCCAGGUCCGCUUCCACUGCAUCCUUUUUUACAAUUCUUUCUUCCGGCAUUCGUACUAAGUGACCAGCCCACUGAAGUCUGCCGUAUUUUAUACGCUUAAUAAUAUUCGCUUCUCUAUACAUUUGAUACAACUCGUGAUACAUGCGUCUGCGCCACACAACAUUUUCUUGUUUCCCCCCGAGUAUUGUCCGCUGAACUUUGCGCUUGGAAACUCUGAAAGCGUUCCGGUCUUUCUCUCGUAACGUCGACGCUUCGUGUCCGUACAGAGCCACCGGAAGUAUUCCAGUGUAAACGAAUUCUUCGACAACUUCAUGCGAUCACUGGGAUCCCUAAUGAUAGUGCCAUUCCGCUGCACGCCAGAUCUCCUAAUCGCACCUUCAACUGCAAUGUUAAACAGUAAAUUUGACAGGUUGACACUUCGUCUGCAAUCCGAACACUUGAAUUCGAGCCGUCUGGCGUUGCACGUAUCAGCCUAAUAAGGUUCACCAGAAAACCAUGUCAUACUGCGGCCGAAACAAUCGACUUAUUGAAAGAACUAUUCAAUGACAACGUUAUUUCGAGAAAUGGACCGGCCUCCGUGUUCGUCAGAUUUGACAUUGGUUUAUGUGGAUAAACCGGCACCAAUGGAAGCUUAUGAAGCCAAUAUUCAAUCUGUCAUUGCUGAAAUACACAAUUAAAUGCUUGAAAAAGUGGCAGAAAAUUGGAGCCCUAGAAUGACUUUAGUGAAAAAUAGUUGUGGUGACCAUGAGCCCGAAAUCAUAUUUAAAUGUUAAAUGCCAAAAAUUCAAUUUCAAAUCAGCAAGUUCUUCAAGAAACACCUUUUAUUAGUUAUUAAAAACAUGAAUAGGGAAGGUCGCUCGAAGUUCGUUGGAUAAUGUUGAAAUAUAGCAUGAUCCAGUACAUUUCAAUACCGUGAUUCAGUUCAACAAUCGUACUAAAAGCGAUUUGAACAGUUCAAAAGAGAAAAUUUCAAUUGAUGUAUAAGGUUUACAGCUUUUCUUCGCCGUUUUUUUUUUCAGAAUUAAAAGCUUUAUUACGAAAAAGUGCUUACAGAUGUAUUAUUCAAAGUACUGUCCGUCGCUAGCGACAACUUUCUCCCAUCUUUCCGGCAAUUUUCGGAUCCCUUUUCGGAGUCUUCUUUUGACGCUAUCCAUGAAGCAAUCCAUUUUUCCAACUCUUCGAAGGAUUGAAAAUGUUGAUCUGCCAGGUCGUGUGCCAUCGAACGGAAUAGGUGGAAGUCAGAAGGGGCGACAUCAAGGGAAUAUGGCGUGUGGGGCAAGACUUCCCAUUUCAGCGUUUCCAGGUACUUUUUGACCACUUUUGCGACGUGAGGCCGAGCAUUGUCCUGUUGGAGGAUGACUUUGUCAUCAGUUGCGUUCGGUAGCGAUCUCCUGUGAUGGUUUCACCCGGUUUUAAGAACUCGUAGUAAAUCACACCGAGCUGAUCCUACCAACUACAAAUCUUAACCUUGGCGCCGUGCAAAUUCGGUUUUGUCUUCGACGAAGUAGCAUGCGUUUAGGAUUAUCGUAUCGAACCCACUUUUCAUGACCGGUUACGAUUCGAUGUAGAAACCCCUUACGAUUUUGUCUUUGAAGCAGUUGCCCACAUACAAAUAGACGGCGCUCGAUGUUCCUCGGAUUCAACUCGUGCGGCACCCAUGUUUCCUUCCCAUGACCUCGAGACGUUUUGAAAUGACUUGCAGACUCAAUCCCAACGAUUCGGCAAGCUCUUCUUGGGUUGGGCACGAAUCUUCAUCAAGCAAUGAUUCUAGUUGUUCAUCUUUGAAGGUUUUUUCUCAUCCACCACCAUGUUUGUCUUCGACAUCGAAAUCACCAUUUUUAAAACGUUGAAACCACUCCGGACACGUUCUUUUACUCAGAGCAGCAUCACCGUAAGUUUCUGAGAGCAUUCGAUGCGCUUCAGCUGCUUUUUUUUAAUUGUAACAGAAAAGUAAAACUUCCAGCAAAUGGCGAGAAUUGGGCACAAAAACAGACAUUUUCGAGCGUGACUAAUACGAAAACAAGAACAACUGUCACUGAAACGGCGAUGACAAUUCGUUAGGCACUGUACAAACUCACUUUAAAGGCAUUAUCAUCUAUGUAUUUUGACCAACCUCAGCCGGUACAUCCACCUAUCGGAAAACGGCGAAAGCAAAGUUGUACACCUGAUAAUUUGUUCCGUUCUGCACCAUUUGAAUUUUUUAUUAAAACAAAUAAUAGUCCAUGAACAUCAUCCAGCUACUUCGACUUGACGCAAUCAUCGUAAGAGACCGAAGUGAUGCGUUGAAGCCGAUCAUUGGGGAAAGUAUAACAUCGCAAAUAUGCUUUGAAAAAUAAAAUUUUAUGGUAUUCAUUCUGCGUAAGUGGAAACCGAAAGGACCGAAAAUAGAAAAUAAACAAAGUGUAGCUGUCAUUCCUAGACAGGACUCUAUUCGAUAGGUUUAUGUUAUAAUUCCGGCCCCUGAUAGUACCUACCUAUUCACGUAUAAAGACGUAUUAUUCGAUACAUCUGAACAUACUACUUUCUUUUAGAAUUUUAGUUUAAUAUUUAUCCUUUAUGUUGUUGAUUAUUGUUAAGUGUCUUUCAGAUUGUACAUUUUUUUUAUUUGUCCAUAUAAUUCAUAGAAAAAGGAUCGGGAUUCAAACUCUUGGGUAGGCUUGGGUGCAUUUGUUUGACAUAGUAACUAUAAUAAGAUAAACUGAGCAAUAGAGAAACAAAAAUUGUAUUAAUCUUUAUUAGCUUUUGUAUAUAUUUUGUCCUGCCAACUUAAUCAAAGGAAUUUAUAUUUUAGCAGUUAAUCGACAGUUGUUGGUAACAAUACAACUUUGGAUGACAACAAAUAGUUAAAAGAAAUGAUUUUAAAGAAUUUUGUUCGCCGUAGUUUAACCGAACGCAAUAUAGUAUUUGGAUUAAGCUGUCUAUAUUUAUCUGCAAUCAAAGAAAUGGAAUAUAAAUAAAACUCAACUCUGUUAAAGAGCAUAAAGUUUAUAAAGCAUUUUGCUGAAUACAAAAAUAGAAAUACAUUCAACAUUUUAUAAAAAUGCAACAACAAACUGAGUGUUUCGAACAUCAUACUAAAUAAACAUAAGUGUAGAGUUCCAAGUCAUUAUGUCUAGCAGUAAAAAAACGAGUCUGAGAGCUAAGGGAAAAAAAAACGAUUAAAAGAAUCCAGAUUAACAAACCGAAAUUGAGUGGACACAUCUUUUUAUAUUUAUUACACAAUGGUCGCAGUUAAUGCACGUACCCGAACUAUAUGAUGCGUACUGCUGCAGCAUAUACUGUCCAAUACAAUGCGAUCCUAAAACAGUCCUCGUUUAUUGAAAAUACUGAAAGAGAUGUGCUAUAACUUGUAACCAAA